AUGGAGACUUCGUCGCCGAGGAAAGCAAAAAAAAUUAAUGGCUUUUUCAGCGGAAGCCGUAACAAGGAUAACCCAUAUUCGAAGCGUGGGUUAGACAAGUUCUCUGCACUUCUAACUGAUCUUGAAGCGAAAAAGCAACAGAUUUAUUCACAAAGGGGCUCAGAAGAUAUAUCUUUAGUUCGUUUCGUCUAUAAAGAUACAAAUGACUGUGUUCCAAUCGUGAUAAAGGUAAAGAAAGAGAAAACCAAGAGUGUUGAUGAUAUCAAAGAGACGCCUGUACAGCAUGAAGCAGAAACCUUAGAUAAGUUUGUAGUAGAUCAACCAAAAGAUGAAGGCAAGCUAUCAAGAUCUGUGUCAGAUGAUAAGAUUAUUACUAAGAAGAAGAAGAAUAUUUCAUGGAAUGAUAUAAAGUUGAAAGAUUGGAGGCGACCCUCUUAUUACUUGCCGGCAGCUAUCAUCUUGAUUUUGUUGUUUUUAGUAUUUUUUGGGCGAUCAUUUACAAUUCUCUGCACCUCCAUUGGAUGGUACAUAGUGCCUGCAUUACAGGGAGAGAACUCGACAAAUGAAAUAAGCCAAGAAAGGAAGAAGAAGAUCAAGACAAUUUGUAAUCAAUCUCACUCUGGAACUGUGAAAGAUCAAUCACGAGGGCUACGUGGUAAUCGAAAAAGCUGGUGA